UCCACCCACCAACGUCUCGGGGAAGGGAGUGAGUACCGAUUCCUUCUGCCAAUCCCCGCCGGCCACAGCUAGCUUUCCCGCCCGGCCUCUUUCCGUCACCAAUCUAGGUGGCCCCCUUCCCGGACAGUCGGCCAAUCAGGAGCGCGGUGGCAUCCUGCCCUAGCUGUCGUUCGCUAAAGCAGAUAGCGGUCAGAAUCUGGGGAAGUCAACCGCGCCGCCUAUCUCUGGCAGCCUGCGGUGGUUUAAAGGAGGUGGCGGGAAGCUGGUGUUUGGUCGAAUUCAUCACUCUCAUAGUCGCUUGGGUUGUUCACAAUCAAAAUUAACAAAGCAAAAACAAAACAAAACAAAACCCCACCAAGAUGUCUGUUGAUCCAAUGGCCUAUGAGGCCCAGUUCUUUGGCUUCACACCGCAGACUUGCAUGCUUAGGAUUUACAUUGCCUUUCAAGACUACCUGUUUGAGGUGAUGCAGGCUGUUGAACAGGUUGUUCUAAAGAAGCUGGAUGGCAUCCCAGACUGUGCGAUUAGUGCAGUCCAGAUUCGCAAGUGCACAGAAGAGUUUCUUUGCUUCAUGAAAGGACGUUUUGAUAACCUUUUUGGCAAAAUGGAGCAGCUCUUCUUACAGUUGAUUUUGCGGAUUCCCCCAAAUGUCUUGCUUCCAGAAGAUAAAUCUCAGGAGACACAUUCUUACAGUGAGGAAGAAUUCCACCUUCUCCAAAAAGAAAUUGAACAGUUACAGGAGAAGUAUAAGACUGAAUUGUGCACUAAGCAGGCCCUUCUUGCAGAAUUAGAAGAGCAAAAAAACGUUCAGGCCAAACUCAAACAGACAUUGUCUUUGUUUGAUGAACUUGAAAACGUUGGCAGAGACCAUGGGGCUAGUGAUUUUAGGGAGGGCUUGGUGUUCCUGAUCCAGAACUCCAGAAAACUCCACAGUAUCAGAGAGAAUGUGGAAAAGGAAAGCAAACGAUUGAAAAUAUCUUGAUUUCUCAAUAGAAAAAGGAGUUUCUCAGAAGGUGGACUGGUACGGGAUUUAUAUCGAUGAUAUCCUUAAUCCUAGUGAACACUAUAUUUUUGGGAGGGUUUGUUUGUUCACACUUUCUUAUAUUCCACAUCCUCCUCUUUUUUAGUCCACUCUCCUGAAGCAUCUGUGCUUUAUAUUGAACUAAUCUUUGAAGCAUCUGUGCUUAGAGGUCUGUAAUGGGUGGGAAUGGAUUCUUGGUUCAUUAAGAACUCAUUUGGGGGCAUGACUGAAGAAGUAAAGCUUUCCUUGGCCAUUCAAAGAUAUUUGUAAAAGUUGUACCUUGGUCGUGAGUCCUUUGUAACCUUGACCUUUUUGUCUUACUCUUUGGAUAAAAUGAAAUGACACAAAGGUUAAGUGGGUGUCUUCUUUAUUAACCAGUCACCACACUGCGGGACAGCCAACACAGACUGCUUGUUCUUGCCCAGUAACUUUUUUCUCACAUGAGGAAGUUAAUGACUAGCUGAAAGAAGCAAGUAGCAGAAAAAACAACCAUGACCUUUAGAAAGAAGAAAGAAGUUGUUUGUUUCUAAGAUAAAUCCUUGAUGAUGUUAAAGAGUUUAAUGUCUUGGAGCCCAGCAAUGGAAGACAUUGGACAAAAAGGAAGCAUCUCACUGGCAUAGAAAAGGAAGCCUGGAACAUACUGAAUUGCAAAGAUUAUAUUAACUGACUAUUAGGAAUAUAUACCAUUUUUUUGGUCAUACUUCAGUUAGUUUUGGAAUCUGCCUUGAACCUAAUAUUUAAUUAACUUAUUUAUUCACACUCAUAGAAACUCUCAGUGAUAAAUUUUAGCUGUAUCUUGUACUUAAAUUCAAUGGAACCUAAUAUUUCCUUUUGUAACUAAUCCAUGUAAAAUGUUAGAUCAGCCAUGGAAAGGGGAGAAAUGGCAAUAACUGCUCUCAAGUUAUUACUUGCCUUCCAUGUCUUCCUAAAGAACAGAAUUUGAAGUUUCUCCUUUAUAUAGAAGUGUAAUUUAGGGUAUUCAUAUUUGCAAUUAAAUAUUCAUCAGUAUAAGAAGCCUGUGUUUACCUGGAAUACAAUCCUGUACAUUAAAUAUGUCUAUUUUAAAAGCUUUGA